AUGAUACAGUGUACUAAAGCGUUAUUUAUAAGAGCAACCCGCAGAUACUCUGCGGCCGCCACUAUUAUCGCAGCACAAGACUUGGCAGGUAUCUCCAAAAGUAAGCAUGCCAUCAAGCCUUUAACUUACCCAACGUUCGGGUCAGUUGAAGAGGAAAGGCAGCAUAGGAAGGAAAGAAUGGCAGCCGCGUUUCGGGUGUUUGCAAAAAGAGGAUAUGAUGAAGGCGUGGCUGGCCAUAUAUCAGUACGUGAUCCCGAGGACCCCUCGAGAUUUUGGCUCAAUCCCUUGGCGCAGCACUUCUCGACGAUCAAAGCUUCAGAUCUAAUUCUGGUGGACGAAACUGGGGAAAUUCUCGAAGGUGAUCGACCCGUGAACCGGGCAGCCUUUCAAAUCCAUGGGGCUAUCCACAAGCAUCAUAGUCACGUUACGGCCAUUUGUCAUACUCAUUCCAAACACGCAAGAGCCUUUUCGGCCUUCGGAAAGGAACUGAAGAUGUACAAUCAAGACUGUUGCAGAUUUUACAAAUCACACGGAGUUUAUCGCCAAUUUGGUGGCGUCGUGUUUACUGAAGAGGAAGGUGUGAAUAUCUCCAAGUCUCUUGGUCAGCAGAAUAAAAUAUUGAUACUUCAAAAUCACGGCAUUGUUUCGGUGGGGAAAUCUGUCGAUGAGGCCGCUUUUUGGUUCAUGACAUUUGAGGACCUGUGCGAAACACAAUUGCAGAUAGAGCAAAGUAGAAGAGCCGGAUUUGAACCAAUUGAAAUAGGUAAUAAGGAGGCAGAAUAUACACAUGAGAGCAUUGGAAGCUCUUUCAAGGGAUGGCUAAAUUUUCAAGGUUAUUAUGAUGAAAUAUUAAAAAUGACUAAAGGCGAUUUCCUGAAGUGA